UUCGUACACAUCACACACAACAUGCAGGCCUUCAGAAGAAGCGCUGCGCAAACUGCGCGCGCAGUCAGCCGUCAGCAAACGAAACGUUACGCCCACCACGAAGCACCAGCCGCUGGCAGCAUCAAAUACCCGGAAGAGGAGAAGCUCGGAAAAGGAUUCUUCAUGACCAUCUCCCUCAUCCCGAUCGGCUACCUCAUGUACCAGUUCACCGGCCCCGGCAACUACGAGCACAAGUACUUCACCCGCGUCAUCAACAGCUACGACCAUUACCGCAAGGAUGCAGCCCACAUCAACGCUCUUCACACCGAUGCGCUCGAGCAGGCUGCUGCUGACCGCAACCUGUUUGCCAACACCCAGCGCACCCAGAAUGUCCAAUUGAAGUUCCCCGAGAUCCUCAACACUGGAGCCCCUCACAACGUGCCCGCCGGCCACUACGCCGACAUGUCACAGGUCAUCGCAAAGUACGAAAAGGAGUCCUACGAGGCCAACGCAAAGAAGCUGCAGCAGAUCAAGGACAACGCCGUUCCCAGCGAGCAUCCUUUCAAGGGCAACCUUCCCACUGGCGUCCAGACUGUGUUGAUGUAGAUAUACCAAGCCAAUAGCGAAUUCAUCUUUCUUCUUU